UUAGACGAGAUAGGGGUAUAAAAUGGCAGGUUUUCAUUUGGGAGGGUCUCACACAAAGGUCACCAUCCAAGCAGAGCAUGAAAAGCAUUCUUGGUAUCCUUCUGCUAUAUCUGCUGGGCUGCUCAGGUAAAGAUCUGGAGUGAGGUACCUAGGAGGCCAAGAUAUCUUUACUAAGACAGGCAGUGCUCGUGUUCCUGUUGGACUACAGUCCUUUACCUCUAGGGUUAUAGUCCAACAGGACUGUAAAGAAAAUUGUAACUGCUGUAUCUCACAGUCAGGUUCAUUCACCAACCAACAAAUGCUGUUGUGUUUGCAAAACCAAAGCCAAAUAGAAGAUGUAGAAAAAUUAUCUAUAGAUAAUAACUCAUCUAUAGACGCACUGUGGCUAUUUUAGCCUAAAUGUUGGAAUUCAGUUUUUUCAAUUAGUGAACGAAGCCCUAGUAUAUCUUCAUCCCUGAAAGAGUAAUCAGUAAGAGUAAAGAUUUUAUCUUCAAUCCAAUUUUUUCAUAAAUCUAUAUUUAGUAUAUAGUAAAAACAAGGUUUAAUCUUAUGCUGUGUGAUUUAUGUAUGGUAAGAAAAAGCUUAAAUUAUAAUUAUAGGUAGAGCUGUCUACAUGUAUUUAUUGUUUACUUAUAUUGAAUGGCUCCAUGUGCACUGGCAGGGUUAUUCACUUAGCUUCAAAUUGUAGCAAGUUUAUGAAAUAUAUAGUUCAUUCCAUUGUUCCAUAAAUCGUUAUGUUAUCUAAAAUUUCUCAGAACAGCCUUGUGCUGGACACACUCUCACUCACAUCCCUAAAAUAAAGUGUCCUGCUUUGUCUAUUUGAAAUGUUGGAAGGUAUGUUCAUGGUAAAGGCAUGUUUGGGUCCACAGCCUUCCAAAUCCCCUUCUUAAAAAUUCUGCUUUAAUAUUCAUACAAUGUUCUUGUCCACCUCUUUCUACACCAGGGUAUCCAGCUUUUGACUAUGAUGAAGAUGUUAUCAGAUCAGCUCUAAAUGCUUCCCUUGCACGGCUGAAUGAUGAGUCCAGGGGUACAAAGUUGCUCAGAAUUACAAGAAGCAGAGUAAUGAGAGUGAGUAUGUCUAGCAGCUGAGAUUGAGCCUUUAUUCAUUGUGUAUUCCAUUAGACAGAGGUUGAUCAUGUUGCAUUUAGCACACAAUUUCAAAAUGUUCACACAUUGUGGUCUGGGAAUCCUGGAUGAUCCGUUCCAUUUAAUCAGACAUUAACUCUAUAAAACAGUAUAACAUCUGUGCUUUUGCUGCAGGUUUCAUAUCCAAGAGUUGCUGACAUAGACCUUGAAAUAAUAAUGGAAUUCAGUGUACGUGAGACCAUCUGCAACAAGAAUUUUGCUCGUGACCCAACAACAUGUGACUUUAGAAUAGGGAGUCAAAUGGUAAGUGCACUAAUAUAAUGCUAUAACGUCAAACUAAUUUUGUAUCCAAGAGCCAUCAGUGUUAUUUGCAGUUGAAGAAGUGAACAGGUGUUCUCUGAACCCGAUAUAAAUUAGGUGCAGGGAUUAAAACAGAUGUAUUUCCAUUAUUCUACGGUGUCAUAGUACAUACUGAAAAUGACCGCUGGCACUCCGACUGAGUACCUCCGCCAAUCGAUGUUCCUACCGCUUGCCGAGGACUCCGAGCACUCCAACCGACACCAUCAGCACUGCGCCGGGGUCUCGCCGUCUCUCACCCACCCUGGAUCCACUACCAGGACCCAGCUCCCAGUGGGUGAACCUCUCCUAAAUCCAGAGAGCGUAGCAGAAACAAAUCAAGUUCUUACAAGAGCUUACUCUGUGGAGUAAGUGAUUAUAGCAAUCCCCAGAGUGUAGGUAUCCCUUCCCCCAAGCAUGAGCCAAGGCUUCAAGAAAGGUGCAAGUAGGUCUGGUUUAUUGAGGGCUACCUGCCCGGUAUUUAUGCAAGUGUUCACCAGGUGGACACUCCCCUAGGGGACCUAAUGGAACAAUGGGACACAUAUUGGAUAUUAGCCAAUCACAGACAAUACAAACAAAACACAGUGACAUCACAAUCCUUCCUCUCUAUCCUGGAGAUAAUUGGGAAGUAAUCAAAUUAUCUCCCAGGACAGAGGUAAGACUCCAUUAACCACAUGGUUACAAAAAGAUAUAAAAUUACACAAUGUUACAAUUACUACAUAAAACAUAUACAUGCAACAUAUCCCCAGAUAGCUUGGAUCUGAGCGCACAUUAUGACCGAAUGGCGCUCAGAUCACAUAGUUCAAUCGCCAUGGAGCCAAAGUCUUUUCCAUAGUCUUUCGUUACACGAAUAGGCUCCAUGGCAUAGCUAUCUGGGGUAGCACUACUCACAUACUGAAAGUCCCGAACGCCCCGGCAGAAAUUCACAAAUAAACCUUUCUGCAGGGUAAAAUACAACUAUCAGCACAGGGGCCAUAGUCGGAAGGCAGAAGGCUAGCCAGUAGUCCCCUGCAGGCACAAGUGGCAAAGGGCACUUCGUCACAUAGAGUAAAAUGGAUAGUCAUGUGUUUGCUCAUGCAACCACAGUUGUGGUUUAACCCCUUAAGGACCAAACUUCUGGAAUAAAAGGGAAUCAUGACAUGUCACACAUGUCAUGUGUCCUUAAGGGGUUAAGAUCUAAAUAUAAAUUACAGAGGUCCACCUUACAGUGGAGGAAGUCUCUCAAUCCUGUUGCUCAACAAUUAGCUGCUGGGGCGGAUUACCCCUUGACAGCUCUGAAAAAUCCGACAGUAACAAAAGACAGGGCUGUAUUUAAAUGUUAAUCAUCAAAGGAGGCCCCUGAAUGUCUUACGGUCUUACCAAUAGCACAUCAGAGCCCACCGGCCCUACCUCAUCGCAUGCAUGGCACCUUCACAAUCUAAUACCUUUUGUCCAAGAGGAGGAGAGGUCUCUGACCUUAAGGCUUGAGAUGUGCUUGUAUUGCAUGUGUUUCUCUUUUAUGUUAUUUUUCUGUUUUAUUGUUUAUCCAUAUUUUAUAAAACCCGCACCUGCCUUUUUUUUCUAGCACAGCCGGUUUAAUCACGAGGUACAAUAUUCUUGUUUUCAAAAAAGGUGCAUAAUGCGCUACCUGCCACAACCUCAAGCCCCUUGUGGGUUAAGGGUCCUUCAGUAAGGUUUAGCCUAUAUAACAUGUAACUGGAGUCCCUAUAAUGGCUAGACUGGGACUAAAAAGCAGCCCUGGAAAUUUUUUACACCAGUCCACCAUGAGUUGUGUUAGUUGUGAGAGAUAUAUUAGUAAGGGAAAAAAACGUAAGACUAAAUAUUAAAAGAGCACACUCACUGGACUUCAAAAUAAACAAAAUAGCUGCUUUAUUCUAAUCAGAUGUGUAACAUCUUUUACAGUCAACCUGUUAUCCCCAUAAUCUCGCCUUUCUGUGAAAAAUCCAGUAAUGGGUUUGAAGCAUUGACGGAAUGCUGUUGCAAGUUUGAUUAAAUAAUGAGGUUAUUUUCUUUAGUCUUAUAGGAACACUAUAGGGUCAGGAACACGAAGGUGUAUUCCUGACCCUGUAGUGUUAAAACCACCAUCUAGUCCCACCUUUAUUCCAGUCUGCUGCUGCUGGCUCUGCCCCUGAUCUGCCUUCUUGGCUGACAUCAUCAGAAGUGUUAUUCAAAGCCAGUCACAAUGCAUUCACAUAAAGCAUUGGAUUGGCUGAGACUGUCAAGGAGGCAGAUCAGACCAUACGGUCUCAGAGGCAACAUAAAUAAUCUGACCUUGUAUUUGACCCUGUAAUUGUUUAAAACACCAUAAAACCUGUACACGGGGGUACUGUUAUACUCAGGAGACUUCGCUGAACACAAAUAUAAGUGUUUCAAAACUGUAAAAUAGAUCACAACAAUAAUAUAGUCAAUGAAAGUGCCAUUUGAGUGUGAAAAAGCAAAGACUGACACUUUCACCGAUGAUAUCAUUGUUGUGAUGCCAUUUAUUAUUUUGAAACACUAAUAUUUGUGUUCAGCGACGUCUCCUAAGUAUAACUGUAACCCCCAUGUACAGGUUUUAUGGUGUCUUGGAAAGAUACAGGGUUAAAUAUAGGGCUUGCAAAUUAAAUCAUUUGCACUUGCUGCCUGGGUAGUAUAGGCACAUCAUGUAGACAGUGUAAAUAAUUGCAGUGAUAGAUCAUUAUAUGGCAGUAGAGGCACACUGUGUAGACAGUGUAAAUAAUUGCAGUGGUAGAUCAUUAUAUGGCAGUAUAGGCACACUGUGUAGGCAGUGUAGAUAAUUGCAGUGCAGAAAGCAGCACUGAUAUGACAGUAUAUGCACCUAGCAAGUGUCCAGAAGGACAACCAUGAUUUUAGGUCCGAGUAUAACUUUUUUUUCCUCUAGUGUUCUACUUUUGGAUAUACUAGAAAAAAGUCCCCAUAAAGUGCAUGUUCAAACAAGAUAAAUCUAAAUCCAGUAGUGCUCUGCACAUUGACAGCACUGGUUGGCAUUUUUGUUGGGUAGUACGUCAACUUUGUGGAAUUGAAUUGAAGACAUAAAACCACUUUUUUAAAUCUUUAAAAUGUCUUUUUUGUUUCACCAUCAAAUUAUGGUUGAAGCCAUAAAAAAGAUAUUUUGAAGAUUUAAAAUGUGGUAUUUUCUGGGCAGAUUGGUUCUUAUUGGCUUUGCUUGGAGCAGGAGUUCUGGACCAUAGCACCAAUGAUUGCAAACUUAAAGGACCACUAUAGUGCCAGGAAAACAUACUCGUUUUCCUGGCACUAUAGUGCCCUGAGGGUGCCCCCACCCUCAGGGACCCCCUCCCGCCCGGCUCUGGAAGGGGAAAGGGGUAAAAACUUACCUUUUUCCAGCGCUGGGCGGAGAGCUCUCCUCCUUCUCUCCUCCUCCAUUCCUCCUCCUGGGCUGAAUGCGCACGCGCGGCAAGAGCUGCGCGCGCAUUCAGCCGGUCACAUAGGAAAGCAUUCAUAAUGCUUUCCUAUGGACGCUGGCGUGCUCUCACUGUGAAAAUCACAGUGAGAAGCACGCAAGCGCUUCUAGUGGCUGUCAAUGAGACAGCCACUAGAGGAUUAGGGGGAAGGCUUAACCCAUUCAUAAUUAUAGCAGUUUCUCUGAAACUGCUAUAAUUAUGAAAAAAUGGGUUAACCCUAGAAGGACCUGGCACCCAGACCACUUCAUUAAGCUGAAGUGGUCUGGGUGCCUAGAGUGGUCCUUUAAAAAUGUCCCACUACGUAAUCCGAUUUAAAUCUUGAACUGGUGAGCAGAAUUACUGUAAAACUAUAGGAAAGAUUUGCCACCAUUAGUACUUCUUACAUCAUUCCUCUAAUGACAAAUACUCACUUUUAUGUGAUACUGCUAUAAGAGGUCUGGUAGCACAUUUAUCUUAUUGCAAAGUAAUUGAAAGCUUGUUACCAACAAGAUUUCCUCUUCAAAAGUGUUUAAUUAACCUACUCACUAUAAAGCACCUUUUAUUUGAAAAAAAUAUUACCGUAAGGUUUAUUUGAAACAAGGGAUACAUAGAUAAUUAUGGAUAAAUAGUAAUUAUGUAAAAGCACAAAUGGGCGAUUGCAUACAUGCCAAAAUAAUUAACAAUAUCAAUAUAAUAAUAAUAAGGAUAUAACCCAGUGAAUGAUGAACUCACUCUACAGUGCAAUCCACUAAUAUUGGCACCUUUGAGCAAAGAAGGCUCUGCAUAAUUGUCAUUAUUGUUUAACCUUUUGAUCUUGAUCUUUUGUUUAUAAAAUACACAAAAAUAUUCUGCUCUCAUAGAUAUCAAACAAUUGCAAACAAAACGUUUAUAUAUAAAAAAAUAUUUGUUAAAUAUAUCUGUGGCACAAUUUUUGGCACCCCUAUGAAUUCAGAUGAGAAAAACAUAUUUGCAGUAUAUUCCUAUUGAUAUUUUACAUUUUUAGUACACCUGAGUGACUAUGAACAGGAAAUUAUUCAACCUGUUCACAGGGGUAUAACUAGGAGGUAACAUAGGCAAAAUAGAAACAUGCCCUUAGUCAUUUAUCACAAUGAGUAAGAACAAGGAAUGUUUUCAAUGUCUAAGUUCCAUUUGAAUAGUCGAACGGGAACCGUUUGUGCACAUAGGCAACGUUAAAGUGCCAUUCAAAUUGUAGAAUGCUGUUCGAUUCCCGUCGAAGAGUCGAAGUCCCGGAGAAGGUAAAGUUCAGGGGUGUUUGUGCCGUUGCAUGUCCGAUUUGAGUUCCAUGAACUUGCCGACAAAACACCACUGAACACAUUCGACUAAACAAGAGGGCCGCCGCCACAUGUUCGACUAUACGAACGGCGACCACCCAGCCGUUCGUCAAUUUGGCUGCGGUUAACUACCAGCCUGGAAGGUGAAUAGGCUGCACACUCCCCUUGUGUGUGGUCCGGCUGUUCGGUGGUUCGAAGUGACACUUCGAAAGUUUGAAGAACAAUUGUUUAAAGUCCCAAACAGGCAUAAAUAGUAUCUUUAACCACAGUAACUUAAAGGGGCCAUAGUCACAGGGUAAAAGGCAGGCAAGUAGUCCCCUCCAAAAACUUGUGGCAAAUUCAGCUAAAAGGGGGAGUUUGCCACAGAGUGCAAUAAUUGAGAAGUUACAGUCAACUGGGAAUGUUAUGAAUCAACCUGAAAGAGGAUGUGUGUCUAUAUUGCACUGUGAAAAGAAUGGUUCAAGUGACCAAAAAAUCUCCAAGGAUCGCAGCUGGAGAAUUGCAGAAGCUAGUUGCGUUUAGAAAGUGUCCAAAACCACAAUCCGACAUCACCUACAUCACCAGAAUUUUUUUGAACGGUUUUAAGAAAAAAUACUUUACUCUCAUCCAAAAAUAAAAUCAAGCUUCUUCAGACACUAAUGGAAAUGCAAAUGGAAUCGGGUUCUACGGUCAGAUGAAACCACGACAGAGCUUUUUGGCAAUAAACCCCAGAGGUGGGUUUGGCAUACACGGAGAGGCAGCCAUAUGGAAAAGUACCUCAUGCCCACGGUUAAAUAUGAUAAUGGCUCUUUAAUGUUUUGGGCCUGUUUUUCUACCAGAUGACCUCGACAUUUUGUUAGGAUUCAUGGCAUCAUGGACCCUAUCAAAUAUCAACAGAUAUUGUGAGGAUACUUAUUGGAUAAUAAAUAUUAAAAUUAAUAUUUUAUAAAAAUUAUUAUUUAAUAAUUUUUAAUAUAUCAAAAAUUUAUAUAUUGGCACUGUUUCUCCUUGACUGAUUUAAAGUGAAGAGUUACCCACUAUUUUAACUCUUAUAGACCCUGGAGUACAUUUAUUAGAGUAUUUGUAUUUCACACAUAAAAAUAUAAUUUAUUCUGACAAAUAAAUAAUAAUAAUAUGUAACAUACCUGACAGUAUCAGUGAAUAUUUAGGAAUAACAAUGGUGAAUGCAAGAGUGUGCUUUGUUUAAAUGAAGAUUGAGUAUUUUAGAAAGCUAUCAAAAGUUCACCUAUAGACUGUAAGCUCGUUUGAGCAGGGUAAUCUUCAACCUAUCGUUUCUGUAAGUUGUCUUGUAAUUGUCCUAUUUAUAGUUAAAUCCCCCCUUUCACACUAUUGUAAAGCACUAAAGAAUCUGUUGGCGCUUUAUAAAUGGCAAUAAUAAUAUUAAUAAUAACAAUAAGUAUACAAUAUGGCAGUUUUGACACAAUAAAAGAUAAAUUAAUAACAAAAUAUCCAGCAACAUGAGUUAAAUUAACUCCUAAGGGAGUUACAUGCAAAAUUACAAAUAAUUCCUCUAGAAUUUAAUUAACGAUUUUAUCCACAUUGAUGCAAUUUUGAACAGACUACAGUAUCUCUCAGAGUUCAGCUAGAAUUCCUUAACACAAAAUUUGAUACAGAACACACAGGGCAGCACAGCUUCACGUCAUAAAAACCUUUGCUCUCAGUUUGAAUCACACACAGUUAACUCACUCACUGCUGGCUACAACUCUCACAGGAAAACAUUUUAAUGUUGCAACUUAAAAAGAUACAAUAUGGGGGCGGGGCCUGACAGCCAUGCAUGUCAUCAAGGUUCCUGCUACAUCUAACCUAAAAUAGCAAUAAUCAUGGUCCUAAGGACACCAAGGGAACGGAGUUGCCCGCUCAAGUGCAUGGGUGAAGGUUGGCGCCACUGUAGACUCUGAGAUCAGGAGUUUUGGGGCCCCUGGGGUACAAAGCUUCAAAACCUGCGGCCUUAUCGGAUAAGAGCGGGGCGGACGGCCGCUGCCCUGCCCACAAAUCUAGCAGCCACACUGCAGCCCUGUGACAAACCUCACAGGCCCCAGUACCUCCCCUCCCCCCCACAGGCCGGGGGGGGUGGGGGGGGGGGGUUAUCCCCAAAGACCAGCCAUUCACCCCCUACUGGGCCAGCUUGACAAGGUUUUGCAGACACUAAAACCUUAUCUCUGAUCAGUGUUUAGUUAACCUGCAUUACAGAAUUUCUUCUCAGUGAAUAGUUAGAGAGAAACAAAAAAAUGUGCCUGAGCUUUGCAUUGUGUUACCAAAUGGAGUCACAUCUGCUAAGUGGUGACUUUACAGUAUACAUUUUUAAUUCAAUCUUGUCUGACAUUGAAAAUAUCUGACAACAUUAAAUGACCACCUAACUGCCUCUGCCAGAAAGCGUAAAAUGGGCCAUGGUUGGAUCUUCAAAAAAGGACAAUGAUUCAAAACAUACAUCAAAAUCAGCACACAUUUUUUUUUUUUUUUAAUACUUUAUUUUUUCAUCUUGACCGAAGUAGCGUGAACAAGAUAAGCGAUUUGGCUUGCGCAGAAGCCCAUUAGUCCACAUUAUAAUUGUACAUAUCUAUACAGGUGGCACUACGGACAGUCUUCGCAGCGAUAGGCUCGUUUGGCUACUUGUCAAGGGGUUUUUCUAUAUUAUUUCACAGAAACGUAACAUAACAUCAGAAAAAACAAAACAAUUAAAACAUUACUUUACUCCGUAAGAAAGUAUCCCGCCCUAUCUAUUGAGCCCAUAUUUAUUAAUGCAAUUUAGUUGUCUUUUGAAGUAGGAAUCCGUUUAUCCUAUGCUUUCCUUACGUUUUGCCUCCCCGUGUACGAGGAUAUGUUCUGACAUUGGUGUUUACCGUUAAUAGCCUAAUCCGUCAUAUGUUGUAGAGAAGAAGAAAAGAAAAAAAAAAAAAAAGGGGAAGGGAAGGUGGGGGGGAAGGGGGUUAUGUGACAGGCUGUACGUUAUGCCACGUGUAGGGUCCUCUAGAGAAUGCUACUUGUUUUCCUUGGUCUCGUACGGUCCCUCCUCUUGUCUCUAGGGGAGCACACGUUUUUAUUUUUACAGACCACAUAAUAAAGGUCCUAACAUGGCCAUCCCACUCCCACUUGAACUUCAUAGAAUACCUGUGGAGUGAACAGAAGAGGAGGGUCUACCAGCAUUAACCUCAACAUUUGAAGGAUAUAGAGAGAUUCUGUAUGGAGGAAUGGUCUCAUACUGUAUUCUCCAAACUCAUCAGGCAUUGUAUGAGCUCAGAGCUGUUAUUUUGGCAAAGAGGGUUAGCAUAAAGUAUUGUCUAAAAGGGUGCCAAUAAUUGUGCCAAACACAUAUAUAACAGUAUUUCUAUUUUUCUAAACCUGCUAUGUUGUUCGCAAUUUUUUGAUAACCAUGAGUGCAGAGUAGUUUUGUGUAUUUUAUUAAUAAAAGUUCGAACGUUUAAACAAUAAAAACUAUUUUUCACAGAUUUUUUGCUCACAUUUACCAACGGUACCAAUAUCAGUGAAGGACAUUGUAAAUUGACAUACUAAUUAGGAAUACAAGUUCAAAAUUCCAUUGCAGAAAUAAUAAUUUAUUCACAUGGAAAACAAAACAGAUCACAGGAUAACAAUGUAUAAAAUAGGAUAAGAUCAUAGUACAAAUACACACCUUCUGGUAUCCAAGCACUAUCAUAAAAGCUUAAAAGGCAUUCUAAAGCCACUUCUGGUCCCUAGGCAAAUGUAGCCUCCUUGCUUCCUUAAUUUGCAGUCCAGGCUCCGAACACCUCACCUGCCUGCUGCUAAUGAAACGCUGAGGGAGUGUAAUAGCAACUUAAGUCUGUGGGCUAAAAGUGGCAUUUGAAUGCUUUUUUGUGCUUGUCUAUAACAAAGUGUGUAUUUGUACUGAAAUCUUUUAUUUUUUGACAACAUUUUCCUAUGAUCUGUUUUUAUUUUGUUUAUUUUGAUUUCCAUGGCAAUAAAUUGUUAUUCCUGCAUUGGAAUUUCCAACUUGGGAUCCCAAUUGGUAUGACAACUUAGUGUGAGUUCACCAAUUACUGGAUUGUUUCCUUAUUAUUAUUAUUCUCCAGACCUAUUCACGUGCCCAUUUGUGGGCUUUGCAAUUCAUAAAUCUAGUUGUUUUAAGUACUAGCUCUAUUGUUGCUGCGAUAAUCUAGGUGCGUAUUGUGACCGUAUUCAAAUAUUUAUUUGUGAUUUUGUAAAAAAUUAAAGAUAGCAAAAUACUCCAAUAAGGUUAUAGGUCUUUUCUGAAAUAAAGAUAUGGGGGAAUUAUCAAGGCUAUUCUGGGGCAAAUAGCUAAAAAAGUUAUAAUCACCAUGGAAACCAACAGAAUGUUUCUCAUCGUUUAGCACUUUACACCUAAAUAUACCUGCGCGUAUUUAUAAAUCUCUCCCUACCUUUAGAUAUCUUUGGAUUAUGAUUUUUGCAAUGUGAUCAUCUUCUCCAUAAGGUUUAGUGGAACUCUUCCUUUGGCUAAAGACUGACAGCUAAACUAUCCUAAACAGUAAAAGAACAUACGAUAAGACAAACGUUUUGUUUUUUUUCACUGUAUUUUAUAUUCUUGUUUUCUGAGCAAGUUAUCUUAUAUUCUUUCAUCAUUACAUGUGUUACACUCAAUACGUGGUAUUGUAGCAAGGGUUAAAUCUUGAUUAUUGAUUCAUGGGAUUUGAUGUUUACUCUCUCCCUUUUCAGGAGGCUUCCUGCAGAAGCCAAGUGCUAAUCUCCAAUGGAAAAACUAGAGUUUUAAAUGCAUAUUGUCCCCCAUCUUCAGGCAGCUCUGAAUCACACAGCAGUGAAGAGGUGAGUAGAAUUGAAACAUAAGAUACACCUACAUGGUAAAUUUCGACAUACUUUUCAAUGGGUAGUCCAUGAUAACGUUGAUACUCUGUGUAAAAUAUAUACUAACCUAUGAUUUUUCUCACAUUUCAAGUACAUUUCUAAGAUUUGGUUCUUUGUGCAAUGUUGCCAGCAGGGGUCAGUAAAGUACUUAUUUAAUCCUGCUUAUUUUACUGCUUUCCAUUCAAGCUCUGAACUGCUUCAUGCAGCAGGUAUUCAUGAAAAAUAUAGCAUAGCUGUUGAAUUAUACUAAAAAGGUACAAUACUGAAAAAUCUGAUAGUAACCCGUAAAAAAAAAAAAAAAGUAAGAUAAAGAAGAAAUUGGUCUCGUGUUAAUAUUGUUGGACAAAUUUCCAAACUAUUUAUUAUGUUUGGAUAAAUAUACUAAAAUAUCAAAAUAUAUGCCAUAUAUAAAUAUAUGUAUAUCUAUAUUUUACAAAAUAUCAAAACAUUAUAACAUUUAAAUAUUUUUUAUAUAUUUUAUUUAUUUAUUUAAAUUCUUUAUUUUGGAUGUGCACGAGAGAUAUAGGUUGAACAAAAGACAUUCGUACAUUAGUCAGGUCAUAUAUAGCUUAGACAUGUCUCGCAGUAUGCACAUUUUUCUUUUUUUCUUCAUCAUGGAACAAUUAUAUACAAGGCUAACAUGUUAAAAGUGAUGCAAACAGAUAGGCAGGAGGCCUGUAACAAGGAACAACUUUAUGUCGUUAUGGGUUAUGUGCGGUUCUUGGAGUUGAGUUAAGUGACAUGUAUCAGCUUAUGUAGUAGUGUUGGUUCCCAAUUUGGGUUGUGGUAUGACAUUGUGGUCAGUACGUGUGAACACUUUGGUCCAACUGGAGGGUCAGUAGAGCCCAGAGAUGGAGUUUAUAGAAAAUACUGGUGUGUGUGGUGCCCCUAACCAAUGGGGCAGCGGGGGGUGGGGGGGAGAGGGGAUGUGGCCCUGUUGACGCCUUGGUGUUGUGUUCCGUGUGGUGUCUGGGGUGUGGUUUGCUCGUAGUCAUGUUAAGAGUAUUAAGCUGUUUUAAACGAUAAGUUGUAAAAGUAAAGGUAAAGGCAAAAUUAUAGUGAAAGCAAAAGUAAAAAUGGGUCUAGUAACUGCAAUAUGUCCAGGUACAAGGUUCCCCUUGUAUGUCAGUGUCCCCUCUGGAUAGCUCGAGGCCAGGGCCUCCCAAAGUAGGCUAGGUUGUGGAGCCCUGGCUGUCUGUUCGCUCCAUCACUGCACUGGUGCUGGCGUCCCUCUGGUGCGUUGUACAAAGGGCACGAAUACAAAGAAUCCCCCAACGUUUCGGCACCUCCUGGAUGCCUUGAUCAAGGGCGUUUUGAUAAACGCCCUUGAUAAAGGCAUCCAGCAGGUGCCAAAACCCCGUCAUCCAUGUACGAUGUAAUGUUUGUGUUGUCUGUGUAUGUGAUAGUAGGUGUGAUGACUGUGUUUGAUAUGUAUGCUAUGUGUUGGCUGUGUGUGAUAUUUGUAACGGGUGUAUUAACAGUGUGUGAUAUGCGUGUAUUGGUUGUAUGUGCUAUUUGUGCUGGGUUUAUUGGCUGUGUGUGAUGGUUAUUUAAUUCAGAUAAAAACAUGCAUUUAAGCCUGUGUGUGAAUGCAGGUGUAUAUUUUUGCAGAGUUAUGUGCACACAUUUAGAUGCACACAGUUAUACAUAUACACUGUCAAAUCCAUCACAUGCACACAGUCGUAGGCAGAUAGUCAUAUACACAGGAUCAGGCAGAAACACACAGGUACAGGCAGUAACACAUAUACACACUCACACACAAUUACUGGCAGACAGCCACAUACACACACACACACACACACAGGCAGCCACACAUACAGUUUUACACACACACACACAUACAGUCUUAAACACACAUACUUACAUGCAGACAGCCACACACACACAGGCAAACAGCCACACACACACACACAGACAGCCACACACAUACACACAGGCAGACAGCAACACACACACAGUAAGACAGCCAUACACACACAAAUACAUCCACACACAGAGGCAGGCAGUCACACACAGAGGCAGGCAGUCACACACACAGGCAGACAACCACACACAGGCAGACAGCCACACACACACACACAGAACCACACACAUACACACAGGCAGACUGCAACACACACACAGUAAGACAGCCAUACACACACGAAGACAUCACACACACAGGCAGACAGCCACACACAGGCAGACAGCCUCACACACACACACACACACACAGACAGCCACACACAUACACACAGGCAGACAGCAACACACACACACAGUAAGACAGCCAUACACACACGAAGACAUCCACACACACAGAGGCAGGCAGUCACACACAGAGGCAGGCAGUCACACACACAGGCAGACAGCCAAACAAACACACAGGCAGACAGUCACACACACACAGGCAGUCAUGCACACACACACACACAGACACACACACACACACACAGGCAGACAGUAAUACACACACACACACACACAGGCAGACAGUCAUACACACACACAGAGGCAGACAAUCAUACACACAGACACAUAUACACACACACAGGCAGACAGUCACACAUACAGACACACAGACACAGGCAGUCAUACACACAGACACACACACAGACAGACAGUCAUACACACAGACACACACACACACACACACACAGGCAGACAGUCAUACACACAGACACACACACACACAGGCAGUCAUACACACACACAGGCAGGCAGUCAUACACACACAAAGACACACACACACAGGCAGUCAUACACACACAGUCAUACACACAGACACACAUACACAGGCAGACAGGCAUACACACAGACACACACACACAGGCAGUCAUACACACACACACAGGCAGACAGUCACACACACAGACACACAGGAAGACAGUCACACUCACACUGACAAUCACACAGUUACCUGCGGAGUUCAUUGUGGAGGCAGACAGGCAGUGCAGCUCCUGGAGACUGUUUGGUGGAGAAGCAGGGACUCCUUCCUGCUUCCCCUGCGGCAGUUAUCCGGCGCUUUUAGCUCUGCCCCCGCUGCACAGUAUGCUCCGCCACGCCGCACGGUAAGCUCCGUCCUGCCGCAAAUUAAUUUUAUUUUCUUUUUUUCUUUUCGGCCGGCCAUGUGUGAGCUGUGUGCUCGCACACCCCUAAGGCCGGCCCUGUUCUGCCCUAUCAGGUUGUGGAAUUGUGGUAAAUAUUUACUGUGGAUUUUUUGUCUAGCCUGUUUAAUAUCACUUUAUUUGCAUUAUAUUUAUUAGGCAUGUGCAUGGGAAAUUUUUUCGGUUCAGUUCGGCAUUCCUAAAUUCGGAACUUCGGAACUUCGACACUUCGGAAAUUCAGUAAUUUCGGAACUUCGGGACCUCGGCAAUUCGGCACUUCGGAACUUCUCUUGCAACCGCUUGGUAGAUAACUCCCUAAUUCCUACAGUAUAGGGAGUUAUCUACCAAAAGGCUGAAAGACCUAAAUUGGUCUUUCAGCCAAAUUUACUAAUACUAAGUAAAGAAUACUUACUAGUAUUAGUAAAUUAUGCCCCUACUCGCUAUACCGUGAGUAGGGGCAUCUGUAGUAAAUAGUGAGCAGCCACUAUUUAAAAAAAUGGUCCCCCCUCCCGAGCCCCCACCCGCGAUGUUUUCUUUCUUCUAAAAUCUUCUUUUUUCAGCCCCAAAAAAGGCCAAAUAAAAAGCCAUAAUAACUGACGCACUUCACCCAUGGAGGGCUCCGUGCAGACUGAGCUCUGCAGGGCGGGGAAGGCUUAUAAAGCCUUGCCCCACCCUGCAAUUAGGCUCAGAGCACUCUGAUUGGUGGGUUUAAGCCAUCCAAUCAGACUGCUCUGACAGGUAAAUGAAGAGACUGACAGGUAAGUCUCUACAUUUACCUGUCACAACACUCUGAUUGGUUGGCUUGAAAUCCACUUAUCCGAGUGCUCUGUGUCAUUUUACACAGUGUGGGAAAGUUCUGUGGAAUUUUCCCACACUGUGUAAUUUGAUUCAUAACUCUCUGAUUGGUGGAUUAAGACCUGUCAGUCUCUUCAUUUACAUAGUUACAUAGUUACAUAGCUGAAAAGAGACUUGCAUCCAUCAAGUUCAGCCUUCCUCACAUUUGUUUUUUUUCUGUUGAUCCAAAAGAAGGCAAAAAAAAACAGUUUGAAGCACAAUUUUGCAACAAGCUAGGAAAUAAAUUCCUUCUUGACCCCAGAAUGGCAGUCAGAUUUAUCCUUGGAUCAAGGAGUUAUUACCCUACAUUGAAAGAUUAUGAAUAUUUUGUUUUUGCAAGUACGCAUCUAGUAGUUGUUUGAACAUCUGUAUGGACUCUGAUAAAACCACUUCUUCAGGCAGAGAAUUCCACAUCCUGAUUGUUCUUACAGCAAAAAACCUUUCCUUUGUCUUAGACGAAAUCUUCUUUCUUCCAGUCUAAACGCAUGGCCUCAUGUCCUAUGUAAAGUCCGGUUUGUGAAUAGAUUUCCACACAAUGGUUUGUAUUGGCCCCGAAUAUAUUUGUAUAAUGUUAUCAUAUCCCCUCUCAGGGAACGUUUUUCUAAACUAAAUAGGUUUAAAUUUGUUAACCUUUCUUCAUAGCUGAUAUGUUCCAUUCCUUUUAUUAAAUUUGUAGCCCGCCUCUGCACUUUUUCUAGUGCCAUAAUAUCCUUCUUUAGAACAGGUGCCCAAAAUUGCACAGCAUAUUCAAUAUGUGGUCUUACCAGUGAUUUAUAAAGAGGCAAAAUGAUCUCUCGUCCCGAGAAUGAAUGCCUUUUUUCAUGCAUGACAAUACCUUACUGGCCUUGGCCACUGCUGAUUGACAUUGCACAUUGUCAUUUACCUGUCAGAGCACUCUGAUUGGAUAGCUUAAACCCACCAAUCAGAGUGCUCUGAGCCUUAUUGCAGGGUGGGGCAAGGCUUUAUAAACCUUGCCCCGCCCUGCAGAGCUCAGUCUGCGCUGAGCCCACGCCAGGUGAAGAUGGAUAAAAAAUGUUUGCACUCGUUUUUCUUUAGUUUUUUUUUAAAGUGCGGUGGUUAUUAUGGCUUUUUAUUUGGCCUUAUUGGGGCUGAAAAAAGAAGAUUUUAGGAGAAAGAAAACAUCAAAUGGUAAGUUUUAUUUAAUUUUUUUAACAGGUUUAGCUAAUGGUCCCCCAUCACUAUUUUUAGGGGGAGGGGGUAGGUAGGGGUUAAUUUUUGGGGGGAGGGGGUGACUAGGGCUUUGGGGACCCCUAGUCACCUGGGGAGGUGGGGUUAUUUUUUUAUUUAGGGCACCCACACGCCUCUCAGGGGUGGGGGCCAGGGGGGAGGACAUUAAGUCCCCCCCUAAUUUAUAUUUAGGGCCCCCACCCACCGCUCAGGGGUGGGGGCCAGGGGGGAGAACAUUAGGUCCCCUCCACAUUCUAAUUUAGGGCCCCCACCCACCGCUCAGGGGUGGGGGCCAGGGAGGAGGACAUUAGUUCCCCCCUCAUUCUAAUUUAGGGCCCCCACCCACCACUCAGGGGUGGGGGCCAGGGGGGAGGACAUUAGGUCCCCCCCUAAUUAGUAUUUAGGGCCCCCACCGCUCAAGGAUGGGGGCCAGGGGGGAGGACAUUAGGCCCCCCUAAUUAGUAUGUAGGGCCCCCACCCACUGCUCAGGGGUGGGGGCCAGGGGGGAGGACAUUAGGCCCCCCUCAUUCUAAUUCACCCGAGCAGGUCCUAUUUUUGCCCCCCCCCAUUUUAAAUGUAAAAAACAAAAAAAAUUUAAAUGUAUGUAGCAUUGAGAAGUGUUUGUAUGUUUGAAUGUAAGCAUGUUUUUGUAUGGAGUAUGUGUGAGUGAAUGUAGGGGUAUGUUUGUAUGUAAUGUUGGCGUUUGUAUGCAAGUAUGCAUUUGUGUGGUGUGUGGUAUUUGAAUGCAGUGGUGUGGUUAAAUAUAAUGGUGGGGUUUGUGUUGACGUUGAAAUGCAUAAGUGUAUUUGUGUGUAGUAUUGGCGAGAUUUUGAGAUAUUUGCACAUAUACUCAUACAUACACAAACUGACACAUGCAGAUACAUAUACACACAUGCAGAUACACCACUGUCACACAGAUACACAUUGACACACAUGCAGAUAUAGUGGUAAUUCUGGGAACAAUAUAUAGGCAGGGGGGCCACAUAAGAUACCACAGUCAAAAGGGGGGGUUGAUGGGGGUGAGCACUAAAAUGUUUCACUAGGCAAUGGGGUUAUGUGCUGCCAUUGGCUGUCUGAUGCCGGCAUUAGCCAACCAGAUUUAUUGUUGUGGGCUGGCUGACAUCUCUUGACUUCGAUCUUUGUUUAUCAGAUAACUCCCCUAUUUGCUAUCCUUAUGUGAGAUUGCCAUAUUUAAGGACACCAAAUAAGGGAGCUAUCUGCUAUACAGCUAACAGAUCAAAAUUUAAAAAUCCCUUUUCCUUAUUUCAGUUGUUUAGUAGAUAAAUCACUUAUUUGUUAUCCUUAUGUGGGAUUGCCAUAUUUAAGGACACCAAAUAAGGGAGUUAUCUACUAAACACAUACACAUUUAUAUACACACAACACAAUGUAUCUAUGUCUGUGUGUAUAUCUGUGGUUGUGUAUAUAUAUAUAUAUAUAUAUAUAUACACACACAUGCAUAUUCAAAGACAUAAACCCACAUAACCACACACAAUCACAGACCUACACACACAAUCACAUACAUAAACACACAUAAUCACAACACAUACUUAACCACAGAGAUACACACAAUCACACACAUAAUCACAGAUUAAAUUUGUAAAUCCCUGGUGAAUUCAAAGUUUAGUAAAUAUCCUGAUUUCAAGCAUACACAGAAGGAAACAAAUAUCAAUACAUUAAAUAAUCCUUAAAAUUUUAAUAAUACAGAUGAUUUAUAUACAUUCUGAACACAUGAUGCUAAGACAACAGAUCUUUUUUCCUCUACUAAUUCUCACAAAUCUUUCAUGUUUGAGAAUACAGAUAUGUUUUAUUGCAUUGUAAAUAAAGUAAUACUACAUUGCAUUCUUGUGCCAGUUGGAACACAAUUACAAUGAAGAACACGUAUAACACUAUAAGCACCGAGGCCCCUUCACCUCAAUGUAGUGGUCUGGGUGCAGUGCCCUUGUCCCCCUAAGUCUUGCAAUGUAAAACAUUGCAGUUUUUGAGAAUGUUUACAUUGCAGUACUAAGAUUGCCUCCACGGGGCUUCCAAUGAUGACAUCCAGUGUCAGGCAAAGCUUUCCUAUGGGGAGUGCCAAAUGUGCUCUCAAUGCUUGCUGCACAUGUGCAUUAGGUCCCCCGUCGAAUGACGUUGGAGGUGGUGGAGCGCCAACGAAGUGCCAAGCACGAUAGCGCUGUUAUCGGGUGAGUAAAAAAAAAAAGCCUUUUUAAUGUUAAGGGAGGAGGUGGCCGCAAGGGAGACCAGAGGGCACUAUAAUGUUAGGAAUAUAACUUUGUAUUUUUAACACUGUAGAUUGCCUGUAAAUGUUAUUGGAGAUUAGGAACAUGAACAAUUUGUCUAUCUAUGAGAGCACCCUUUAGGCACAAAAAUCACUUCAUAUUAAGUGAUUUGUUCGACAAGAUGCUGUCCCUGCAGCUCUGCAAAUGAAAACAAUGUGGUUUCUAAAAAUCGCUAGUGGCUGUCAGUUAACCACUAAAUGCUUCCUACACAAACAGAUUAAGCUCUUGAAUCCAAUUGAUAUUUGGCAUCAGCAAAGCAUGUGGACACUGGAUAGACAAAAUUCACCAGGAUUGAUGACUUUACUAUUGCGAGUGAUGGAAUAAAGGUAAGUUUAAAGCUAAGCACCAGAACCACUUCAGCUUAAAGGGAAACUACACUGCCCAAAUUAAAAAAAAAUAGAAAUCACUGUUUAGUAGAUUUACACCAAAUGAAAACAUCUCUACAUUUAUUAUGUAUUUUUUCAUUGGGAGUAUAUAUAAUACAGCUUGCCAAAGCUGCUGAUCUUUUGUCUGUUGCCUUUGCAAGCCCUCCUCUUCUGGCCAAGCCCAGAAUUUUUUGUGACUGUCCAAUCACAGACUUACCAAUGCCGCUCAAUGAAAAGUCUUUGCAAAUCACGUGCUCUGGGCAAUCGUUACCUAUUGAAUUUAGCUCACUUAACUAACCAAACUAGUUAUUAACAGGACCUGUUGUCUGGUUGAAUGCAAGGGGGUGUGUAACAAGGUUAAAUUAUACAAGUGACCAUUUCUAUUGAAACCUGCACUUUUUGUAAAAUGAGAAAAAGAGGACACACUCUUCACAUAUAAAGCACUUCAGCAAACUGAAGUGCUAUUGGGGUCUGGAGUGUCCCUUCAAUGUAGUUGUUCUGUGGCAGAGACUGUCCCUGCAGGAUCAGCCGUGUACACACUACCUUUUAUGAGAAAAAGCAGUGUUUACAUUUGUUCUUAAUACCACUCUAGAUACUGUCACUCAGAUAUUCACUAAAGGGGCUUCCUAGUGCAUUCCAGCAAAGAUCGCAGGAUCUACAUUCAGCAUCUUCACCUCCAGCAUAAAGUCACAGCGUGCUUCCCAAAGAGAUGCAUUGAGUAAACACAUCUCUAGAAUGAGAUGCUGAUUGGUGCAGUGAGGCGAUUGCUCAUUAGCCCCACCCCCCAUGCUUCCAUGUGGUGAAGCACUGGAUUAGCUGAGACGAGACUGACAUGUUGAUAAAUUAAAGGUAAGUAAAAAGGCUUUAUUCAAUUUUCCAGGGGAGCAACAAUUUGAAUGCAAAACAAAGAGUGUUCCUUUACAGGCACUUUUAUUAUUAUUAUUAGUAGUAGUAGUAGUAGUAGUAGUAGUAAUAUUAUUAUUUUUUUUAACUAUGGCUGAGUAAUAAAAACAAUAAAAGGAACACAUCUGUUGUUUUUUUUAAUUAGAGUGUUUCUUUAAAAGUUAAAACCACACAGCUAUUCUGUACAGGGAAUAAAAGCAAUAAUAAAACUACCAAUAAAAGUUAACUCAAAGAGAAUUUCUAAUUUUAGGCAAAAAUAGCCAAAUCAGAAAGUUUUUUUCUAAAAUCAUCUGUGUUUAUUGUUUAACUAGUUUGUACUUAAACUUCAAAUUCCCUUUGAAUUUCCAACAAUCUAAACUUUAGCGAAUUACCCUUCUAAUAUUCACAACCAAAAGGUAAUUCUUUGUCAUCUAGUUAAAGAAUUGAUCAAACGAAUGCAGAAUAUGGAAAUUAAUUUUGCUUUUAUUUAAUUUACAUGAUUGUUGCCUUCUGCCCAUUUAUGAGAUUGAUACAUUUAUGUUCUGUUGUUUCAAUGGUGACUAUUCCAGUAAUUAACACCUGAAAUCUAUUAACAAGCCUCCCGUAUUUAACUAGCCAAUUACUGAUUCACUACUUCAAAAGGCUAUACACUGUUAUUUUCUAGGCUCCACCGUGAUUUCAUGGUCUGCUGGUGAAUAUCACAUGAUUUCAACUAUUCGCUUGAUACACAGGAAGAAGAACACUCCACAUGGAGUAUUUAUGACCCUAUAAAAAACAUAGAAAGGAAAUGUGACAGAUCCUGUAAAAUCAUAUUCCAGUGUAAAGUCAUUUUAUUCUAAAAAGUACAUAACAAAUGUAAAUUAAAAUACUAUAUGAGGCGUACAAUUUUUUUCUAUAUGGGUUAAAAAUACUUAUUUAAAUUUAGAUUUAUUCAAUUAUGCCUUAUUAUGUGGAUAUGCAAAUAUGAAUGACGUCUUAAUUUGAGAAAAUAAUGAAGGAACAGAGAUGGAGAUCAGAAGAUCAAAGUAGAUGCAACACUUGGUGGUGCUUAGGAGUCUCUGAGUCACAGAACCUGCAUCCAAAAGAUUAGGAGUAGACGUCAAAUAUUAGUAAUUUGCUGAUGUCAGUCUCUUUACUGAUUGGGUCUGAUAGUGAAAUUGGCAUCAGGUCCGAUCUAAGUCAUAAGAUGACUUCAUGAUGACAGAGGACAUUUGAAGAUACAUUAAUUUUAAAAAUGGUACCGUGACCACUAGGGGGCACCUGUUUUUUAGCAUUUAUACUGUGCCUUUUGAUCUUAACCCCUUAAGGACGGAGCCAAAUGUACACGUUGUGAACGAAACAAAAUGUAAACAAAACCUGGCAUUUGCGCUACAUGUCUGUCCAACCGUAAUACACCUCUUUCAUAGUAAAUGCACCCACCCUUAUUAUAUAUCAUUUUAUUCAGGGGAAACAGUGCUUUCAUUUAAUAUCAAAUAUUUAGCUAUGAAACAUAAUUUAAUAUGAAAAAAAUGGGAGAAAAUAAGAUUUUUUUUGAUUUUUUUUAGUUCUACAUGACAUUUUAACGGUCAGUGUCAUAAUACUGUUUGCUUUUACUGCAAUAAAAUACACAUAUUUGUAUUCAGCAAAGUCUCACAUGUAAAACAGUACCCCCUAUAUACAGGUUUUAUGGCGUUUUGGGAAGUUACAGGGUCAAAUAUAGCACGUUACAUUUGAAAUUGAAAUUCGCCAGAUUGGUUACGUUGCCUUUGAGACUGUAUAGUAGCCCAGGAAUUAAAUUUACACCCAUAAUGGCAUACCAUUUGCAAUAGUAGACAACCCAAGGUAUUGCAAAUGGGGUAUGUCCAGUCUUUUUUAGUAGCCAUUUGGUCACAAACACUGGCCAAAGUUAGCGUUAGUAUCUGUUUGUGUGAAAAAUGCAAAAAAACGCCAAUUUUGGCCAGUGUUUGUGACUAAGUGGCUACUAAAAAAGACUGGACAUACCCUGUUUGCAAUACCUUGGGUUGUCUACUAUUGCAAAUGGUAUGCCAUCAUAGGGGUAAUUUUCAUUCUUGGGCUACCAUAGGGUCUCAAAGGCAACGUAACCAAUCUGGCGAAUUUUAAUGUGAAAAAAAUGAAACACAAGCCUUAUAUUUGACGCUGUAACUUUUGAAAACACCAUAAAACCUGUACAUGAGGGGUACUGUUGUACUCGGGAGACUUCGCUGAACACAAAUAUUUGUGUUUCAAAACAGUAAAAAGUAUUGCAGCAAUAAUAUCAUCCGUGUAAGUGCUGUUUGUGCGUGAAAAAUGCAAAAAACUUCACUUUUACUGGCGAUAUCAUUGUUGUAAUACAUUUUACUGUUUUGAAACACUAAUAUUUGUGUUCAGCGAAGUCUCCCGAGUAAAACAGUACCCCCAAUUUACAGGUUUUAUGGUGUCUUGGAAAGUUAUAGGGUUAAAUAUAGUGCUAGCAAAUUAAAUUCCCUAUACUUUCGGCAUGGGUUGUCAGGCAGGUCCCGCUAAUUGUAAUUAAUUAGGAUACCUAAUUAUGUAAAAAUAUUACAUAAAUAUAUGUGUAGAAUUAAUAUAUGUAUAUAUAUAUAUAUAUAUAUAUAAUUUUUUUUAUAUUUUUAUUUAUAUAUAGGUGUAUAUAUAGUGAUAUAUACGUAUAUAUUUAUGUAUAUAGAUAUAUAUAUUAUUUCGUUCUACGUGUAUUUUGAUAUAAAAUAUAUAUAUAUAUUAAUAUCACAAUACAGUUAGAACGAAAUAACAAACAUCUAUAUAUUUUUUAAUUAUUUAUUUUUAAUUAUUUAAAAAAUUUUUUUUUUUACGUAUUUACAUUUUUUUAUAUUAUAUAUAAAUAUAUAUAUAUAUAUAUAUAUAAAACAAUAAUUAUAUAUAUAUAUAUAUAUAUAUUUAAUUAGUAUCAGUCUACGUGUAAUUCAAUAGUAAUAUAUAUAAAUAAUUAUAUAUAUAUUAAUAUUUAAAUACACUUCGUGUAUGUGUAAAUGUGUGUGUGUGUGUGUGUGUGUGUGUGUGUAUAUAUAUAUAUAUAUAUAAGUAUAUUUUAUAUGUAACUGUAAUUUUUUUUUUAACUAAUAUUUUAUUUUUUUUACAGGAGAGGGGGCAGAGACAGUGUCAGCCAGUGAUUUUACAUCACUGGCUGACACACAGGAUCAGUGAUCACAGUGACUGCCUGUAACUGUGAUCACCUCCUGCAGAUUGGGUAAUUGGCCACAGGGGGGAGUGCCUGGGUGGUACAAGCACUCCCCCCUUCCAAUCUGCAGGGGGAUCUUUGUGCCAGUUACAUGUGUCAGCCAAUAAGCUGACACAUGUAACACUGAUCGCAGUGACAGGCUGUCACUGCGAUCAGAGCGCUCUGAGAUCGCAGUGACAGCCUGUCACUGCGAUCUCAGACAGUGCAGAUCGUGUUCACUGACCCCAGGGGGACUGCCUGGGGGGCCAGGUAAGUCCCCCGACCGCGAUCUGCACGGGGUAGCCUGCGGCCACGUGUGUCAGCCAAUUUGAAAUCGGCUGACACACGUUAAAAACUGGUCGCAGUGACAGCCUGUCACUGCGAUCAGAGACUGCAGAUCGGUAUCACCGGCCACAGGGGGGGUUGCCUGGGGGGACCCGGCAUCCCCCCCGACCGCGAUCUGCAGCGGGCGACUAGCGCCGGCCACAUGGGCGGCCAUUAAAGUGAGGGCGUACUAUUACGCCCGCCGGCGUUUAGAGCUGGCUCCUGCAGGGCGUAAUAGUACGCCCUCCAUCCUUAAGGGGUUAAAUAGGCUGUAGGGUAGUGGUAGAACAGUGUCCUCUGUUUUCAGUGAGCUUUAAUAGCAAACAGGGCCCUGGUAUGUGGCCACACAAACGCUGGUGCUCAACACCAGGGGGCUUGUGGUUAUCCUACACCAGGCCCUGAUAAUCCACUGCCAUGCUGAAGACUCAUCUUCAAUUUUUGUGUGUGUUUUUUUGAACAAAGGAUCAAUAGGUUAAACAAUAAAUACAAUUGUUCACAGCCUUCUUUGCACAUAUUUACAACGGGUGCCAAUAUUAGUGGAGGGCACUGUAUAAAUAAUCCGACUCUAAUCCUAAACUCAAUAAUUUUAACCCCUUAAGGACACAUGACAUGUGACAUGUCAUAAUUCCCUUUUAUUCCAGAAGUUUGGUCCUUAAGGGGUUAAACAGCCCUUGUACUACAACUUCAACCCCUCUCAAGCUGUUAAUCUUUUUAACACUAACCACCCUGCGUAACAUAACUGUAACAUUAACCCUUCUCUAACCUUAAAGGGAGACUCCACUGCCCAGAUACAAAAUAAAUAAAAAUCACCGUUUAGUACAUAAACCCCAAAUGAAAACUUGCAAGCAUUUAAAUACGCAUUUCUUUAAUUGAGGUAUAUCAAAAUAAAGCUUGCAGAAGUUACAUUACUGCCUUUACAAGCCCUCCCCUUCAAACCCCGCCCAGCCUUUAUGUGGCUGUCCAAUCACAGACUUACAAAUGCAGUUAAAUAAGAAGUCUUUGCAAGGAAGCUAAAAUGAUUUUGGGGUCAGGAGUCAUUUAAGUCCCCCUGAUUCUUACCACUUCUAGCAUUAUCAUUAACCCUGUAUGCAUUUAUACAGCUGCAUACACUCAGUACUCACAGAUUCAAAUACAAUACAUCACAAGCAGAGCAGAAAUUUGCACAUACAUACAUUUAUACAUAUACAGCUGACAAAUAUGAAUGGGUUUUAUAUGUUUUUAGGCCUGCUGUGUCCAGUUAAUAAAUGACUUAUAAAUUAUCUGCCUUAAUUUGGGGUUGGGAAGCAUGGGGCUACUUAGACUUUUGUCCGUAUCGGACCCUGACAUGUAAAUCUGGCCCUGAUGUUAAUCAAGCAUUUUUGUGAAUGUCUUCUCUCCUAGUUAGAUUGUAAGUAGCUGCUUUAUAUGCUAUGCUGGUAAUGUGACUCUGGACCCAAUACAAUAAAACAGUGAGAUGAUCUGUAUUAAUUACCUGUCAUUCAUUUUUUUAUGUAAGCUGUUAUGGAGGAUCUGGACCCCAGCUAGAAGCUUCCUACAAGAUGAAGGUCAGAAUGAAAAAGAACUAAAGACUUGUACAUUUCAUAUGAUAGAAUCAACAAUAUUUUAAAAUGAUUCCUUAACGAGUCUUGUUACUGUACAUCUAUUUUGUAAUGGGUAAUAAGUUGUUCUAUUACCCAUUCAAGCUUCCCAGAUCAGGGCCGUAUUUACCAUUAAGCAGUCAGCAAACACUAGGCAGGGGGGGGGGGUCUGUUAAAAGUCCCCCUUACCUCUUGCCCAAUGUUUGCUAACUGGAACAAAGGCUUCUGGACUCUGGGAUCUUUGUGUCCAGUCUGAGGGAGCCUGAUCUGUGCAUGGCCCUGUUCCCUUAGACUGACCACAGCAACCCAGACUACUACACAAACACACUACUACACAUGCUGCUACCCACACUGUUACACAUAGUUCUACACAUACUCUCUCUCUCUGAUCACCACCUCCUAUCGUUUGCUCUCGAGUACCCCCUCACCCAACAACCUCAGCCUAACCCCCCUCAACUAAGGAGGAACCUUAAUUCUAUUGACCCCCAGCAGCUGUCAGCUGAUAUUGAUUCACAACUGCUAUCUAUCCCUUCCCUCUCCUGUCGCUCACUGGCCAUCUCCACAUAUAACACUACCCUCACCUCUGCCUUGAACGCUGCAUCCCCGCUCCAAACAUGCACCUCGAGGUGGACAUGCCCCCAACCAUGGCAUACUAAAUCAACACGCUACCUGCAAAGAUGCUCCCGAUGUGCUGAACACUCCUGGAGCAAGUCUCGCACCAGGCAGACUUUCUCUAUUAAAGAUUCAUAUUGUGUUCAUACAGCGCAGCCCUUGUCCUCGCCAAACCGUCAUACUUUUCCUCACUCAUUAGAUUAGAUUGCUCCUGCAAUCCCAGGCCUCUCUUUGACACCUUUAACUCUCUUCUUCGCCCAGCUGUGGCCACCCCCCAAACUAACCUUACAGUCAAUAGCUUUGCAUGCUACUUUACCGACAAGACUGAACAGCUAAGGAAAGAAUUCUCACCACCCUACCAUUCUCUUUCUCAACCACACGUAGAUCAUGCCUUUCCUACCCUUCAGACUUUCUCCCCGGCUACUGGACAAGAGGUGGCUGCACUUCUCCUUUCCUCUCGCCCCACCACUUGCCCGCUCGGUCCUGUCCCAUCUCACCUUAUCAGACCUCUCUCCCCUUGUCUUGUGCCUUCCUUAACACACAUCUUCAACUGCUCUCUUCUGGUUUUGUCCCUGCUGACCUUAAACAUGUCACUGUAGUACCUAUCCUGAAAAAAACAUCUCUUGACCCAUCCUCCCCCUCUAUCAUCCCAUAUCCCUGCUCCCUUUUUCCUCAAAGCUUCUGGAAAGAAUUGUCUUUGCCCGUGUGUCUCACUUCUUCAAUUCCAACUCUCCCCUUAAUUCUCUUCAAACUGGCUUCCGCCCUCUCCACUCUACUGAGACUGCUCUUAUCAAAGUUACAAACGACCUAAUCGCAGCUAAAUCCAAAGGCCACUACUCCAUACUAAUUCUUCUUGACCUCAAUGCUGCCUUUGACACUGUUGAUCAUGCACUCCUUCUUCAAACUCUUCAAUCACCCAGUCCCUAUGACUAUGUCCUCUCGUGGUUUUCCUCUUAUCUCUCCCAAUGCUCAUUUAGUGUCUCCUUUUCUAAUGAUACCUCUUUCCCUCGUCCUGUCUCGGUUGGAGUCCCCCAAGGUUCUGUCCUUGGUCCCCUUCUAUUUUCUCUUUAUACUGCCUCUCUUGGCAAACUCAUUACCUCUUUUAGAUUCAACUACCACCUGUACGCUGAUGACACCCAGAUAUAUCUCUCCUCGCCGGACCUCUUCCCUGCCAUCCUGCAACGUGUCACUGCUUGCCUUUCUUCCAUCUCUGACUGGAUGUCCUCCCACUUUCUGAAACACAUUCUCUCUAAAACUGAGCUCCUUGUCUUUCCUCCUCCUAAUACUGAUCCUCCUCUUUCACUCUCCCUUCAAGUUAGUGGUAUCCACAUAAGUCCAUCAUUGCAAGAGUGAUGUCUUGGUGACAUACUAGACUCUGGCCUCACCUUUGAGCCUCACAUCCAGUAUGUUGCCAAAUCCUGUAGAUUCCAUCUUAAAAACAUAGCCCGCAUCCAGCCCUUUCUUAUGCAAGAUGCUACCACGGAGCUUGUCCAUGCUCUAGUAAUUUCCCGCAUGGAUUAUUGUAACCCUUUCCUGAUUGGUCUUCCCAAAAGCCGUAUUGCCCCUCUACAGUCUGUAAUGAAUGCUGCCGCCAGACUGAUUUUCCUCUCUAGUCGGUCCUCUCACACCUCACCCCUCUAUCAGUUCUUACAUUGGCUACCUGUAUCCUAUAGGAGUGAAUUCAAAGUGAUAACCCAUACCUAUAAAGCACUGAACAAUUCUAGCCCCUCUUAUAUCUCUUCACAGAUCCAUAGGUAUGCCCCUUCUCAGUCUCUCCCCUCUGCCUGUGACCUUCUCCUGUCCGCUGCUCGCACCCGUCGUCUUGCAGGACUUCUCGUUGGUGGCUUCCUUCCUAUGGAAUAGCCUGCCUACCACCAUCAGACUCUCCCAUAGUCUUUAAUCGUUUAAGAAGUGCCUUAAAACCCAUCUCUUGAGGAAAGCUUAUGGCCUCCCAGAGUAACCUCUACCUUACAUACCUGUCUCUUGCUCUCUCCUAAAGGGCAGCACUUUACUCUCUCCUCCAGCUCUGCUUGACUCCCACCUUAUUUGAUUAUUUCCUGUCCUAAUGUGUUUUAUGCGCCACCUUCUAUAGACUGUAAGCUCGUUUGAGCAGAGUCCCCUUCAACCUAUUGUUCCUGUAAGUUUUCUUGUAAUUGUCCUAUUUAUAGUUAAAUCCCCCCCCCCCUCAUAUUAUUGUAAAGAGCUACGGAAUCUGUUGGCGCUAUAUAAUGGCGAUUAUAAUACUACUACACAUGGUGCUACCCACACUGUUAUACACACACACACUUCUACACAUACUAUUACACAUGCUUCUACCCACACUGUUAUGCACACACUUCUACACAUACUGCUACCCACACUGUUACACACACCUCUACACAUACUACUACACAUACUGCUACCCACAGUUAUACACAUGCACAUACAUACUGCUUACCACACUGUGCACAUACAGACACACCUACAUCAGCUACACACACUACUACACAAUAGUGAUGUCCCGAACAGUUCGCCGAAUGGUUCGCCGCGGAUGGCGAACAUAUGACCCUGUACCUCACAGUCAGCAGACACAUUCCAGCCAAUCAGCAGCAGACCCUCCCUCCCAGACCCUCCCACCUCCUGGACAGCAUCCAUUUUGAAGCUGCAUUCUUAGUGAGCUGUCCAGGAGGUGGGAGGUUCUGGGAGGGAGGGUCUGCUGCUGAUUGGCUGGAAUGUGUCUGCUGACUGUGAGGUACAGGGUCAUAUGUUCGCCGUCCGUGGCGAACCGUUCGGGACAUCACUACUACUCAACAAUUACUGCAGACCACUUCUUUUCCAAUAUAUUUAGAUAUUCUCAUUUUCAAACAGAUGCUUCAUGCGAGAUACAGUAUCUUACUAUAAAGUAGAUCAGAUUAAUUUCAAGCAGAUUUUAAGAAUGUUACAGUAACAUAUGUGGACUAAAAUCAGAAUCCCUAAAAAAGAAUUCCAUUGUAUUUUUUUUUUUUUAACAUGUCCCACUUAAUUUAGGCUGUUCUCUAAGAAAGAUAGACUCCUACCCAAUAUUCCAUAGAGAGAAGAUUUGUGCAGUGAGGCAUGGUCUAUACACAAAAACUGCGUUGUUACGCUAAAGUUGUUUUGGUGACUAUAGUGUCCCUUUAACAUGCAAUGUUAUUGUAAAAGUUAACUCUUACAUGGUCUCUUAGACAACUAGUGCUAGCAGUAAAACUUUAAAUGCAAUUAAUAAUUAUUUUUUAAUUAUUAAGUAUUUUGUGUGAAAAGAGUCCUGCCACUGCUUAACUACAAUCAGGCCAUGACUUAUAAAAUACUUUUUUUUUUUUUUUAGAAAGAUUUCCCUCACAAUGGCAUCCAUUUGGACGGAAGAAUCAGAAGCCUAACCCUCGAUGGGAGGAGGAAUACUGGGAUUCUCGGAGCUGGCAAUAAAUCUAAUGGUUAUUUCAUUUCAAAUUAUUUCACUAUCUUUCCUUUUUCAAAUAGUUUCUUACUGGUUAGUCGUUUCUCAUGAACUCACAUGAAACAUGAUGUGUGUGGUGCUUUGAAGUCAAAUGUCUAUGCAUGAAAUUCUUUCAUUUAACUUCAUAUAUUAUGUGUAUGUUGCCAUGCAACCACAUGUACAGUGUGUGAAUGCAUGUGUUUGUGCAUAUGUUAGCAUUAGGCAGAUUUACUGAGAAGUAACAUAUACCAGCUCAGUGACAAAAGAGCCUUUCUCCACUAAGUUUCUCAAGCUUCUUUUAGAACCAAAAAUGUCUAAUUCAAUAAUUCUUUGGAUAGGGUUGCCACCUAGCUGGCAUAUAAGACUUUCUGGCCAGUGUUGGUGUAGCGGCAACACCGGCAGACUGGAGCAAGAAUUUCAACUUGCUAUUUAACAUUGCGGGUAUACACACAUCCUCCCCACUCACACAUAGUAUACACACACUGCAGCAGACACAGUAAACACAGAAUCAGAUAUAAUAUACACACAGUGACACUCAGUGCUACAGACACAGUACACACACAAACAUCCUGUCCUGUCUGCACAUUAAUAGUGUGCUCCUGAUACUCUCUGGGUGUCUUAAAGAAAGUGUAGCUUGAAACAAGUACUUUUUGACCAGCCAACAUCUCACCACACUACUUAACUGACAGAGGAAUGCGUAGCAAAGUUCCUUUCCUCAGCACCCCCUGCUGACUGACACCUGAGGGGUAUCGUCUCCUCUCCUUAUGUAGCCUGAUGUAGCAUUACACUACUGGUCUUCCUUUUUGUAACAGGAUGCUGCUUUGACAAAAAAUUCUAAAUUAAAAGAACAAACCUAAUAUACUAUGCCUCCUCUACCAACUGUAGUCCCGGGAGAGCCCCACAUCUGCGGCUUUAGCCCCCCCCCCCUCUAGCCCCUCCCAGCAAUGCCUAUGCUACACACACAGAUACUACACAUAUACACUGCUACAAACAGACAUAUAUACAGAUAUAUGCAUACACUCACACACGAGUACGUAAGGAGCUAAGUGGGGAAAUAAGUGAUCCUCUGUAUUUAAUCUUUCAAGAUUCUUUUGUUUCAGGUAUUGUACCGGAGGACUGGAGGAAGGCAGAUGUUAUUCCUAUUUUAAAAAAUGGUUCAGAAUCCUUGCCUGGAAGUUAUAGACCUGUGAGCUUAACUUCUGUGACUGGGAAAAUAUUUGAAGGACUAUUAAGGAUAAUAUUCAGGAAUUCAUUGGAAAGAACUUUGUUAUUAGCAAUAAUUAGCAUGGUUUUAUAAACAUAGGACAUGUCAAACUAACCUAAUUGCAUUCUACAAAGAAGUAAGUAGAAAUAUAGAUCAUGGUGUUGCAGUAUAUGUGAUCUACUUGGAUUUUGCCAAGGCAUUUGAUACGGUUUCUCACAAUAGGUUAGUGUUCAAACUAAAAGAAAUUUGUCUAGAUUAAUAUUCUUGUUCUUGGGUAGAACAUUGGCUUAAGGAUAGAGUACAACGAGUUGUCAUUAAAAGACCACUAUAGUGCCAGGAAAACAUACUCGUUUUCCUGGCACUAUAGUGCCCUGAGGGUGCCCCCACCCUUAGGGUCCCCCUCCCGCCGGGCUGGAUGGCGAGGAAAGGGGUUAAUCUUACCUUUCUCCAGCGCCGGGCGGGAGUUCUCCUCCUCCUUUCCGCCUCCGAUCCUCCUCUUCGGCUGAAUGCGCAUGCGCGGCAGGAGCUGUGCACGCAUUCAGCCAGUCUCAUAGGAAAGCAUUUACAAUGCUUUCCAAUGGACGCUGGCGUCUUCUCACUGUGAUUUUCACAGUGAGAAGCACGCAAACGCCUCUAACGGCUGUCAAUGAGACAGCCACUAGAGGCUUUAGAGGCUGGAUUAACCCUAACAUAAACAUAGCAGUUUCUCUGAAACUGCUAUGUUUAUAAAAAAUAAAAAAAAGGUUAAUCCUAGAGUGACCUGGCACCCAGACCACUUCAUUAAGCUUAAGUGGUCUGGGUGCCUAGAGUGGUCCUUUAAUGGUAAAUUUUCAGGCUGGACAAGAGUGGUAAGUAGUGUCCCUCAGGGUUCUGUUUUGGGACCGCUUCUAUUUAACAUAUUUAUAAAUGAUCUUGAAAUAGGCAUUGAAAGCCAUGUAUCAAUGUUGCAGAUGACACAAAACUUUGUAAAGUAAUAAAAUGUGAGCAGGAUAUUACUUUGCUGCAGAGGGAUUUAGAUAGAUUGGGGGACUGGGCACUAAAAUGGCAGAUGAAAUUUAAUGUAGAGAAAUACAAAGUUAUGCACUUCGGGGUCAAGAAUGCACAAGCAACUUACACCCUAAAUUGUAGUGAAUUAGAGAUAACCACACACGAGAAGGAUUUGGGAAUUGUUAUAGACAACAAAUUAGGCAGAAAUAUGCUAUGUCAAUCUGUAGUUGCUAAGGCCAGUAAGGUGUUGUCAUGUAUAAACAGGGGCAUAAAUUCUCGAGAUGAAACUAUAAUUUUGCCUCUUUAUAAAUCGCUGGUAAGACCACACCGUGAAUAUGCUGUGCAAUUUUUGGGCACCUGUUCUAAAGAAGGAUAUCAUGGCACUAGAAAAAGUGCAUAAGGUUAAAAAAUUUAAAUAUCAUUAGUUUGGAAAAACGGUGCCUCAGAGGGGAUAUGAUAAUAUUAUACAAAUAUAUUUGGGGCCCGUACAAACCAUUAUCUGUAAAUCUAUUCAUAAACGGGGCUAGACAUAGGACACGAGCUCAUGCAUUUAGGCUGGAAGAAAGGACAUUUCAUGUAAAUCAAAUAAAAGUUGUUGUUUUUUUUUUUUACAGUAAGAGCAAUAAGGAUAUAGAAUUCUCUGCCUGAAGAGGUGGUUUUAUCAGAGUCCAUACAGAUGUUUAAACUGAAAUUGGAUAAAUACUUGCAAAAAGUUAACAUACAGGGAUAUAAUUUCUAAUUAGUGGGGUAAUAGCAGCUUGAUCCAAGGAGAUAUCUGACUGCUAUUUUGGGGUCAAGAAGGAAUUAUUUCCUAGUUUGUUGCAAAAUUGGAAGCGCUACUGACUGGGUUUUUUGCCUUCUUUUGGAUCAACAGCAAAAACAUAUGUGAGGAAGACUGAACUUGAUGGACGCAAGUCUCUUUUCAGCUAUGUAACAAUGUAAUGUGUGUAUAGCAUUUUUUCUUAGACAUUUUUAUGUAGGCGUUUUUGUUUUUUUCAGGUUUUUGUGGCUGAAUGCCUACACUUAAGAAUUCUGUGUCCACGUGUACUCAUGAUCUAAAUCGAGCCCUGGGGGGGACAAGGUCAGGUGGAAGGGUGCCAAAUGCUCACUGGGUCAGCAUUAUAAGAGUUGAAGCCAUUUUAAGAGGUGAAGCGCACUGUCAGGUGAUCAAGAGUGCAGUCCAUAUAACAGUUUAGAGGCACCAUAUGUCCUGCCCACAAGUUAAGUUCAGUCAUCCGAAGUCCAGGACAGAUACAAGUCAGUCAUCAUUAAUGUGAAAGAUGAAUAAAGAGUUGUCUAUUGGUCUCCGAGUUGAAGCCCUCCAGCACUGGUCCUUCUGCCAAUGACAUAGUGUAUGAAUGGUCAAAUCUCUCAUUCCUCUAUGAGUUUACCUUCUGUAUUACAUCGUCCUAACUCUGUCCAUCUAUUACAAUCUCCUGUUUUAGCUUCUAAUCAUGUAUAAUUAAUUGCUCAAUUUAUCUUUUUACAGAUGAAAACAUUUUUCUCCGUACAACUCUGGAUGGAUGAAUUUGCAUGUCUUUACAGAUAUCAGAAUUUUAACAGAAAAGUGAACUUUCUGAAUAAUUGUACAAUAAAAUACACCAAAGCACUUUCAAGGAUAAUCUCCUUUCAAUUCCAAAUAAACGACGGAAUUCACAUUGCUAUCACAUACAAACAGUCACUGGUCCCCCACACGUUGCACACUAUAUAAUUUCCAGCAUUGUCUGCAAGUACAGUUGCUAGAUCCACCAUAUUUUUCUUAAUAUAUAGACAGGAUUAUUAUUCACUAAAGUGAGAAUUCAAAGGGAAUCUCAAAUAAUUUAAGGCAUAAGUAGCUGAGCUGGAAGGACGUUAUUUUGACUUUAAAGCAACAUGUCAGUACCCCUGCAAAAUUAGUAUUUCAUAAAGAUAAAAUCUUCAUGAAAUACUCAUACUGACUAUGUUGGAAUCUCACUGAAAUUCCAGACGAGUCAAAAGAUAUAUUGAGUCAAAGUAGGGACUACUUCCUACGUCUGUCACUUGUAGACACUGGGCGGAGCCACCGCCAUCUAGAAUCAUGGACGGCAGAGAUAUUAGCUGUAUCUAUGGGAUCCUCCAUAGACCUCAAUGCUGUACUUUCUCGCAUCCCCGAGAUUAUAGCAGUGACAUCAGCUCCUGGUAUUGAAACACGAGGAUCAGAAGAGGACUUGCCAGAAGAAGUUGGCGGUGCCCGCGAGGGACAGAUUCAGGUAAGUGAAUGUCACUUUUCCCUCCCGACCAAGCCACCAGACCACAAAUGGCAAUGUCACCAUCGGGGGUCUUUGCAAGUAAUGCAAAGUAACCCAGACGGUGACAACGCCACUUUAAAUUUUAAAUUCACUUUGAAUUCUCAUUUUAAUGGAAAAACCUGAGAAUUACAGCAAACUCAAACGGUCCCCUGAAUUAAUUCUCUGCCUGAGGUAUAUGAAUCUACAUAAUACAAGGUAGCCCUUUUAAUGUAUUGUCCAUAGCAUGCGACAGUAAUCUGUAUUAAAAAAAAAAACACUGUAUAUGUGGCAACUAUAGCAGCAAAAUAAUGAAGUAUUGCAGUUUCCUAUGGUACCUUUUUUAUUGAACUAACAGUGACAUGCUUUUUGGUGUUUCUCCCUUCAUCAAGUCUAAAGCAUUUCUAGCAACAGCAGCUGGCAGAGUAUGCUGGGAGAUGUAGGAUGAGAUUUAUCUAGGCAGAACAGGUGCUGAGUGCUGAAUGUUGACAGUCACUCUAUGGUGACUGUACACAGACUAUACAACUAACUGCUUAUUUCUAUUUCCGUUCCCUUUUCAUAGAGAUAGUGAUCAUGGCAAGCAUCAUGCUAUGUUUGAUACUUGACAUACUUGAAAACGAGAGAAAUCUCAAUGUAUCUUUCCUGGUAAAAUAUUUUAUAAAUAAAUUUAAGAAAGGCCUCAGUCAGCAAAAAUAGUUAUAGCAAAACCCUUUUAGGGGUCCUAUGAGAAUAAGAUGGCAUGCCACCUAGUAUAUAUAUUUCCUGUUUUUAAAAGAAGAAUAACAACCAAAACAAGAGGAUGUAGUCUUAAAUUUGAUGGGCAAAGGUUUAAAAAUAAUAUCCCGAAGUAUUACUUUACUGAGAGGGUAGUUGAUGCAUGGAAUAGCCUUCCAGCUGAAGUGGUAGUGGUUAACACAGUAAAGGAGUUUAAGCAUGCGUAGGAUAGGCAUAAGGCUAUCCUAGAUAUUAGAUAAGGCCAGUGACUAAUGAGAGUAUUUAGAAAAUUGGGCAGACUAGUUGGGCCGAAUGGUUCUUAUCUUUCAUCACAUUCUAUGUUUCUAUAAACCUGUAGAAUCCAAUGGUUUUACAAACAGAAAAGUAUUACUAACGCCACCCACUAGGUGGCAGAUUAACUCAAUGAAUACACUUCUAUAGCGAACUCUGCAUGAACUUCAUCUUUGUAGAAUCAAUUUUACAUAAUUUAUGAUCUGAGAUCUUGUGCCUGAGAGCUCCUGCAUUUCUUCAGAUAAUCUGUAGGAAAUCACAGCUAUCUGUAAAAAAAAAAAAAAUAGGUCUGAAAGCAGGAGUGUGCCAUUUGUCACAUUAACUUUUUUUUUUUUUUUUGCUGUAGAGCUUAUUUCUCUCGUCAGAUUAUUUAUUAAACAAUUCUUAUAUAGCACCUUUAUCCAUCGCUUAACAUAGACUAGCAUUCAUCAAUAAUUAAGUAAUAAUAACUACAACCACUGUAUAGGACAUUUAGGUUACAUGAUUAUAAAUUGAGGUUACAUGAUUAUAAAUUAGAGACCAAUUAUAGUGGAUUGAGGCUCAUGAAGAACAACAUUGUAUUCAACAAGAGAAUAGUAUGUAGUUAUAGUCAUAUUCAGUUGCAUGGAUUUACAGCUACGGGAGGCAGUAGUCAUGACUAUGGUGGUUGCACAGGUGGGGAGCAAGUGUUAUUGUUAAGGAACAGGUUAAUCAAUAUUUCAAAACAAUUCUUGAUUCAGGGCUAUUCACAAAAGUGGAUUUCAUAGUGAAUAAAAAGUAAAUUUCAAGUUUAAGACCAAAGUAGAGCCGAAGUUCAGCUAUGUUAGCCUUAAAUUUGAAACUCACUUUGAAUUUUAACUUUAGUGAGUAGCCCUGAUUGAGUUACAGAUGGUGUAUUAAGAAUCCGUCAAAUGUAUGAUUGUAGUUUUGUUUUUAUUUUUAAAACGGUUAGUUCACUAAAUUAAUAACUGUGUACAACUGAGAAGGGAAUUGAUUUUUUUUCUUGUUGUGACACAAGUAAAGGAAAAAUGUUGAGUGUAUUGAGUUGACAAAAAAAGUUACUACCGUGUUUCUCCGAAAAUAAGACCGGGUCUUAUAUUAAUUUUAGUCACAAAAAACACACUAGGGCUUAUUUUCAGGGUAGGGCUUAUUUAUUUACGUUACCGGUAUGUACAGCUCUUUCUCUUUGCACUCAUCUUGUCUGGGGAUCAAAAUACCAUACUGUCUAAUUAAUC